AUGGUAAAGUAUCUUGUAGGUUCGUGCAUUUUCUUCCUCUCCGUUUGUGGUGUUCUUGGAGAAACCUGUGAGAAACCUGAGAUUACCGCUUCAGCAUAUGUAACGGAAGAUGCAACAAUUCUCACAAAUGUUGCAUUCACCACUCAAUUUACAUUGAAAUGCAGCAACGGAGUGAAGGAUAUUUCACUUUAUGCUGAGUGCGAGGGCAAAUCUCUACCAGCUGUACGACUUAGCACUGAUAACAAAUACCAGGUAUCGUGGACAGAAGAUGUGAAAAAAGUACGCUCUGGUGACUAUAGUGUCAAAUUAUAUGACGAGGAGAGCUAUGCAGCCCUUCGCAAGACUAUGCGAAACGGGGAAAAUCCGGAGGCUGUUAAACCUUUGGCAGUUGUAACACUCAAUAACCCAGGUGUUUAUCAAGGACCCUGGAUCAAUUCCGAAUUACUUGCGGUAGUUCUCGCUGUUGUUGUAUCAUAUGCUGCCUUCUCGGCGAAAGCAAAGCUCUCUGCUUAAAGUCAUUGAGUAUUCCAGUAUAAUUGAGAUUUUUUAAUUAUAUUUAAAAUAAAAAUUGUGAAUACUGA